AUGGUCAUGAACGACAACAGCACCAUGUCGACCAUCACCACCUCCUCCGCCACCAACGGCACUACCCCCUCGGUGCCCACGUUCGCCGUCAAAGCCGGUCUCGCACAGAUGCUCAAGGGCGGGGUGAUCAUGGACGUGGUCAACGCGGAACAAGCGCGCAUCGCCGAGGAAGCGGGCGCCUGCGCGGUGAUGGCGUUGGAGCGGGUGCCAGCAGACAUCCGCAAAGACGGUGGUGUGGCGCGCAUGUCGGACCCGCACCUGAUCCGCGAGAUCCAAGCCGCCGUGACAAUCCCCGUGAUGGCCAAAGCCCGCAUCGGCCAUUUUGUCGAAUGCCAGAUCCUCGAGGCCCUGGGGAUCGACUACAUCGACGAGAGCGAGGUGCUGACGCCCGCGGACGACACGUACCACGUGGAAAAGAGUGGGUUCCGCGUCCCCUUUGUCUGCGGCUGCCGGAACCUGGGCGAGGCCCUGCGCCGCAUCGCCGAGGGCGCCGCCAUGAUCCGCACCAAGGGCGAGGCUGGCACCGGCGACGUCGUCGAGGCCGUCAAGCACAUGCGCACCGUCAAGCGGGAUAUCGCCCGCGCCCAGGCCGCCCUGCAAGAAGGCGAGGGCGCCUUGAGGGCUCUGGCCCGCGAGAUCGGCUGUGAUCCCGUCCUGCUCAAGCAGACCGCCGAGCUGGGUCGGUUGCCCGUGGUCAACUUCGCCGCCGGCGGCAUCGCCACGCCCGCCGACGCCGCGCUGAUGAUGCAGCUGGGUUGCGACGGCGUCUUUGUCGGCAGCGGCAUCUUCAAGUCCGGCAAUGCCGCGAAGCGCGCCAAGGCCAUCGUCCAGGCCACCACCCAUUAUCAGGAUGCGAAGGUCCUCGCCGAGUGCAGUGAGGGUCUGGGCGAGGCUAUGGUCGGCAUCAACUGCGGUACCAUGGCUCCUACGGAGAAGAUGGCCGGUAGGGGAUGGUAA